AUGGAAAAAAUGGUUGACAGAUUAGUAAAUGAAGUAACUGCAGAUAUUGAAAGAGUUAUAAAAUUAAAUGUAAGAUGUGAUAUUAAUGGGCUUGAAUUGAAAAAAGAGACGAUUGAAAUAAUAAAAGAAAUGAAAGAAGAAAUUAACAAAUCACAACAAAAAAGAGAAUAAAAAUU